UCGAAGCCCCCUCCUACCCCCCCUAAUUUUUUUUUAACAGAGGAAGAAAUCGAGGUUCAGCUAGACUGAGCCACUUGCCCAAGGCGGCCGAGCGAAGGCACCGGGGCCGCCGCUGCCCAGCCCAGCUUGGCAGAUUGCCCCGGAGCAUCCUCCCUGGGCCCGGUGGGGCAGCUUCCCCGCCUGUCCCCACCGCGUCCUCCUCCUUCAUCUGCCCUCUCCUUGUCUCUCCUCCUCUCCAUCUUUUUCCUCAUCCGUCUCCCUCUCCUCCCUCCUCCCUCCUCCCUCUCCCCCUCCUCUCCUCGGUCUCCCGCCUCCCAGUCACUCCUCCCCCUUCUCCUCUCUCCAGGCUCCUCUCCUCCUCUCUCCCUCCUCCUCCUCCUCCACCUCCACCCUCCCUCCUCCACUCCCCCUCCCCUCGGUCCCCUCCCCUCGGUCCCUUGAGCAGUCUCCUCCUGCCGAGCGGAGCCAGCUCCGGGCACAGCCCCUGGGGACGCGGCUGCUUCCCCUCCCCAGCCCCGAAGAGCAGCUGCAGCGGCCGGCGGCCGAGGGACAGCGCUAGCGACAGCGGCGGCGGCGGCGGCGGCGGCGGCGGCGGCAGGAGGCUGUGAAGGAUCCCUCUCACUGACCAUGUCUGACAGUGCAGAUAGUGAAGAGAAGCCCCCAGCCCCUCCGCUGAGAAUGAACAGCAACAACCGGGACUCCUCAGCCCUCAACCACAGCUCCAAGCCCCUGCCUGUGGCCCCCGAGGAGAAGAACAAGAAGGCCCGACUCCGCUCCAUCUUCCCCGGAGGAGGGGAUAAAACCAAUAAGAAGAAAGAAAAGGAACGGCCAGAGAUCUCUCUUCCUUCUGAUUUUGAGCACACAAUCCAUGUGGGGUUCGAUGCCGUCACUGGGGAAUUCACUGGAAUCCCCGAGCAGUGGGCAAGACUUCUUCAGACGUCCAACAUCACCAAGCUGGAGCAGAAGAGAAACCCGCAGGCCGUCCUCGAUGUCCUCAAGUUCUACGACUCCAAGGAGACUGUCAACAACCAGAAAUACAUGAGCUUUACUUCUGGAGAUAGGAGUGCUCACGGAUACUUGGCAGCCCACCCUUCGCAGACUUUGAUUCCAAGACCAGCUUCCCUCUGUUACCUGGAUACCUCAGCUGCCGAGGGAGUGAAGGCUCAGAGUACCAAAACAGCAUCCGAACCUCCCUUGGCCCCUCCGGUGUCUGAAGAAGAGGAUGAAGAUGAGGAAGAAGAAGAAGAGGAGGAGAAUGAGCCCCCCCCAGUAAUCGCGCCACGCCCUGAACACACCAAAUCUAUUUAUACGCGCUCCGUGAUGGAUGCUGCCCUGCCAGCGGCCCCCCCAAAAGAGGCUUCCGCUCCCACGGCAGAGAACUCGCCCUCCAACACGCUCUACCGCAAUGCUGAUCGCCAGAGAAAGAAGUCCAAGAUGACAGACGAAGAGAUCCUGGAAAAGCUGAGAAGCAUCGUGAGCAUCGGUGAUCCCAAGAAGAAAUACACGAGAUUUGAAAAAAUUGGCCAAGGGGCAUCAGGUACUGUCUAUACUGCUUUGGAUAUCGCCACAGGACAGGAGGUGGCCAUAAAGCAGAUGAACCUCCAGCAGCAGCCCAAGAAGGAAUUAAUUAUUAACGAGAUUCUGGUCAUGAGGGAAAAUAAGAACCCCAACAUUGUGAAUUAUUUAGACAGCUACUUGGUGGGCGACGAGCUCUGGGUAGUCAUGGAGUACUUGGCUGGCGGUUCUCUGACCGAUGUUGUCACGGAGACUUGUAUGGAUGAAGGCCAGAUAGCGGCUGUCUGUAGAGAGUGUCUCCAGGCUUUGGAUUUCUUGCAUUCAAACCAAGUCAUCCACAGAGACAUUAAGAGUGACAACAUUCUCCUCGGGAUGGAUGGCUCCGUCAAACUUACGGACUUUGGGUUUUGUGCCCAGAUCACUCCCGAACAAAGCAAAAGGAGCACCAUGGUGGGGACCCCCUACUGGAUGGCCCCUGAAGUGGUGACAAGGAAGGCCUAUGGGCCUAAAGUGGAUAUCUGGUCCCUUGGGAUCAUGGCCAUAGAAAUGGUGGAGGGUGAACCCCCAUACCUGAAUGAAAAUCCUCUCCGGGCCUUGUACCUUAUAGCUACUAAUGGCACCCCGGAGCUCCAGAACCCUGAGAGACUUUCUCCUGUGUUCCGAGACUUUUUAAACCGCUGUCUGGAGAUGGAUGUGGACCGGCGAGGGUCUGCCAAGGAGCUUUUGCAGCAUCCAUUUUUAAAACUAGCCAAGCCUCUCUCCAGCCUGACUCCUCUGAUCCUUGCCGCGAAAGAAGCGAUUAAGAACAGCAGCCGCUAGUGAGGAGAGGGAGGGCCUUCACCCGCCCCGGCCCUGGCGCGUGUAGAGCCGGACACCCCCACCCCCCCCCAAGACUCUGUAGGACCUCACUUUCUGUGCUUCGGCACGAACGACAGACAGACCGAUCAACCUAAUUUGGAUGUCCCCAGCAUAAGGGACGGAAGGCACGGGGGCUGAGCCGGCCUUCCUAGGAAUGGAGCCUUUCCCCAUACCCCCCACCCCCCCAUCAUAUACCUUUGCCAGCUGGAGCCAGCCCAGGGCCGCAUGGGGCUUUUGAGCAGCGGGGCUAUGGGGGGAAGCAUCUCCUGGCUGUUUCCACCAGCUGCCUCGGUAGCCAGGAGCAGCUCUCCACCAUGGGCUGGCUGCCCGUGCACUUCCUUGUCAAAUGCCUGGCUUGUUGCUUUUCCCAGUGUCUGGUCCGCUUUGGCAUUAGAGAAGGAAGAAAGCCCCCCCUGCCCCAGCUCUCGGAUAGCUCCUGCCCAUCUGCCCCUCUGGCUCCCAUUCCCACAUUCAGUUUGCCUGCAGUAGGAUGGACAGAAGAGAAUGGCUUAGCUGUCCCCAGAGAGAGAGGCAGAAUGAGUGUGUUGGGAAGGAGACCCCGUCUAUGAUCUUAGCCCUCACCCUAGGUUUUCCCUUCCCCUCGAACUCCACCCCCCCUCCCCCCGCGCUGAGUCCGGGGCCUCCGAGUCCGGGGCCUCCGAGUCCGGGGCCUCCCUCUCCGGGUCCACUCGCUUUGUCUUACUCUUGGUCUGCAUUUGCUUUGGGAAAGUUAGCUCGUCACAUUUAUUUUAUUUUGUAAAGGCAAUAUUCGAAGAAGUGUGUUCAGGAAGGUUGGGGGGGGGCUCUCCCCCACCGUAGCUCCCCAUGAUCCAAGAUGCCUGGAGAACAUUACAGAGAUUCUCACGGCAAAGCCCGUUCUCACUGGGCCCAAUUGAUUUGUCCCGGGAGAGCCGCCCGGGAAGGUAGUCCCGGGGGCCGCCAGAACGAUCUCCACGCUACCUCUUGACUCCCUCCAUGUGUGAUGGCACUUAGGGGCCUCACCUCUGCCUGCCCCCAGUGACGGGGCUGGCUCGUUUUUAUUUCGACAAUAAUUGUGCAAGGCAAUGAUUUGUGGAUUUUUUUUUUUUAAAUAAUAACGAUCUGGGGAGGAGAGACCUAGUUAGCACUGGCUCUGCUAGUGAGCUGGGGCAGGAUCUUUACUGCUGGCCUUGUGUCCCUUCACCAGCUGGCUCUUGAGAGGGAGCGUGUGGGUGCUGCUCCCCUCCUGCGGGGUCUCCCCGGGCGGGUUUCAGGUUAGGCUGUCUGUCGUGUUGGCCAUUUAGCUUGAAUUCUAAGAACCUGCUCGUGUGUCUCUGUAGCGAUCCGUUUCCUCUUCCAGCAGAAUUCCCCAAACAGUUUCAUUUGAGAAGCCCACUGAGGCAUGGCUGGCACUCUUUUAUGGUCUUUCCCCAAAGACUCAACUGUUGACACUUUUCUGGUUUCCUGGAAGGAAGGGAUGGAGAGACAGAAGGAAGGAGGAAGAGAAGUUUAAAAAGAACGGGAGAGAAAAGAUAGGACUUGCUUCUUUUUUGAGCUCAUUGACAUCUUGAAAAGAUUUAGACAGAUGGGUUUCUAGGCCCUUGGAAAACUCACGGUUUCUGUCAAAGAAGGCUUGAGAGUUGUGGCCUAUGCCCUGGAAGAAAAAACCCGUGUUUGAAUUGAGGCUAGGAAGUCAAGGGCUAAGUGAGGGUUGCUUAGUUCGUGGACUCCUUGUCAUUAUAAAGGCCUAGUAACCUAGGCGAUCUAUCCAUCUCUCUACCUAUCCACUCCUCUGCCCAUCUCUCCAUCCAUUCACCCAUUGAUCUGUCCUUCCACCUACCCAUCAACCCAUUCAUCUACUCCCCCACCCUCACCCCCAUCCAUUCCUUUAUCUACUCAGAGAAUCACAGACCCUAGUGCCCACCCCAUCCCCAAAAGGAAUCCCCACUGUGAAAACACCGCACCCAUUAACGAGACAAACGAGUGUGUCUUAAGUGCCUGCUCCGUGCAAGGCACUGUGCUGGGCAGUGGGGAUACAAAGACAAAAAAAUCCAUCCACCUGUUUGUCCGUUCCGCCACGCAUCUGCUUACCCCCUCGCUCACCCAGUUGUCCAUCCAGCUGGCCAUCCCUCUCUUUCAUCUGGUUCGCUUGCCUCCGCACUCAUCCAUCCAUAAGCCCAUUCAGCUGCGAUCCUUUCUGAUUCUCUCUUCUAAAGUUCUCUUUUCCAAUUUGUUCCUCAAGCACUCUCAUUUGCAUUUAUAAAAAAAAUUUUUUUAAUAACUACUGCAUUAAAGUCUCUUAAACAUCUCUUCCAGGAGUUCUAAUUUGGGCCUGAACGGUGUUUUUCUCUGAGCCUUUGCUUGGAGAUGUUUUAGAGUCACUCUCCGCUCCUGCAUUCGUGGGAAUGCCUUCCUAUCACCAUGAUAUAACUCAUUAUGGUGGGGUUCUUUUUUCGGUCUGCUCAUUCUUCCAGCCCACGGCUGGGCUAGGCUGUAUUUUUUACCCAUUCAUCUACCUUAUCAGAUCUCCCCUUCGCUCAUUUGUCUGUCCAUCCUACCCCUCCGAUCACCUGUGUGUCCCAUGUGUUCUUGAGUCCCAAGUCCUCUCACCUAUCCCGCUAGUAAUCCAUCUAAGAUCUCUCUACCCACUAUUCCUUGACCCAUCUGCUCUUCCAUUCAUUGAUCCACCCCUGCAUCCAUCUCCUCAUCUCUGACUGACCCUUCAUCCAUCCAUCUCUCCACUCACACACUCAGCCAUCCCCUGAAAUGAAAGCACCGGCCAUGGGGAGUUUCGGCUAAGCCCACCGUGUCGGUUAUCCCUUUUGGAGAAAUGAUUCUGGUUCCCUGAUUUCCCGUGUGGACAUAAAGUUUGGGUGGCCUUGACCUCCUAGGAAACAUACGAAGGAGAGAAGCAACAGACAAGGCCGAGAAAGCGCGUGGUCCCAUUCCUUGUUUGAAUACUAGGCCCGAGGUGGGGAGUUGCAUGGCUGUGCCAGGGAGUUUCCAGGCUUGAGCUAAUGAGAGGCCUUAAUUUUUAUUUCAGUUGAGAAUCUGUAUUUGUAUUCAAUAGAUGUCAAUUGUUUCCAUAGAGGUAUAAGAUGCUGUUGAGUUGUAGGGGAGGGAUGGCUGUGCUAUCCUUGUGGGGGGGGCAGUGGGGAACCUUCACGGGGGUUGACCACCGGAAAGAACAAUCCAUGUCCCUUGUGUGCCUUCAGGGCCUUUUCUUGGAGACCCUGAAGCAGUGAUCCUUAAGUCACUGCAUGUAGAGAAAUGGCUGUUCUUCUGGGCUCGCCCCACUGUUGGGCCACGGGGGCCUACGGUAACGCAUAUCCGUCGGCUUGCUCUCCCGGCAGAUAAACGGACGCGUGUGCGUCUUGAGAUAUUCCGCUAGGCAUCGGUUUCCUCAGAGCCACUCUUCCAUGAUGUCGGACAGCUACUUAGAUUUUUAAGAAGUAUUACCGAAAAGCUGUUUCUCUUGCCAAAAUUCUGCUGAAGGACUACCGUACAUGUUUCAACAUCCCUUCCUCCAUAUGGCAAAGACCUUUUCCCCCUUCCCCACCUCUUUCUCUAGUUCCUUAACCCCCUGGAGAAUCUGCCGGGGGGGCUCUUUCCUGUGGCUCCAAGGCCUCUCAGCUCCCAGUGCCUUGGAGGGAUACCGACUGAGCCUGCGGGCUGGAGGGUCAGAGGGGACCGAGGAGCACGAUAGACAUGACCCGAGAGAAAAAAGAACCUUGAUGUUUCCCUGUAAAUUAGUGAAUUGUUGCUUCCCUGCAGUAGUCCCAGGUUGGCCAUGGUGAUGUCCGGUGGCGGCGGGCAACGGUUCCGCUCGUAAGGCCCCGCCCGUCCGUCCUUGUCGAUUUCUGUGUGUCUGUGCGCUUUCGCUGGCCGCUGACUGGCCACAUAUGAAGACUUGAGUCCAGUAGUUAUUCUUUGAUUGUCUGAUUCAGCUUUCUUUCUGGUGAGCUAAUCCCGCUUCACCGUUUGCUCUUCACACCUAUCCUGCGCUAAUAGCGAUGAACUUCUCUUUGCCCAAGUUUCCUGAGAGCCGAAGGCUCUUCGUAAUUUGAUGAGCCUGUACCGAGCCAAUUUCCUUCCCCAUUGGGCUGUUUAUUCUGAUUGAGUCAGGGAGUCAGAGAACAUUAGAGCUAGAGGGAAUCCUAGAAUUGAUCUAGUCCUCCCCCUACCAUUUUACAGAGGAGGAAAUUAAAUACCUUGUCCGAGGCAGAUCAAAGGCAGAGUCAGAGACUUGAACCCAGGUCUGCCCCCAAGUCUGGGACUCUGCCACACCAUGCUGCCUAAUAGUACUGAAGCUCCUUUCAGAAGUGUAGAUGAGAAGUGUAGAUAGUGCAACCAGCUACACAGGGCACCGUGGGGACACACCCCGUGUCGUCCCUUCUCAGACCAUCAUUGGCCAUGGGCAGAUUGAGUGAGCUCGGCUCACUGGUUAUUCAGAGACUCGUGCUUCAUCUUUUGGACUGGUAUGGGUUGUUUUUCAGGCCCCCAAGGAUGGAGAGGAGAGGAGUUUGGCUUCUCAGACUAUUGGGUCUGAGUGCCGAGUCUGGGAGCUGGGUGGUUCCCAUCAUCUCUCUGCAGGUGACACACUAAGGUCACCAUCACCUCUGUGCUCUAAUCUGCAGCCAAUAACUCCCAUUUCUUCUUCAUCUGGACAGGAUUCUUCUCUUAAUCUCUGAUAGUCAAGUGGGGCCGAUUUCCCCAGAAGCGAAGGCAUGGGACCGAAGGCUGAGUGGGUAAACAUUGGCAGAUGGCAAAUGACACUGGCAGAGGGAGCUUGCUGGCACUCCACCAUGUUUGGCUGGUGUUGCUUUGAGGUGCCCGUCAUGGGCUGGCGGGCUCCUGGCUUAGCAGAGCAGGCAGAAUUUCUCGAAAGACAGUGUGUGUGUGUGUGUGUGUGUGUGUGUGUGUGCACGCACGCGCGCGCGCUCCCUGCUCACUCACCAAAAUGCUUGGCAGCAGGCUGGAUUCUGUGUCCACCAGCACAGAUCACUGCGCCUCCAUGCCGUGUCAUCCUGAGCGAUCCAUAGACAUGACUUUCCACAGAGCUCCCAUAGGACAGUGUCCCCGAUCUGGAGGCUCUUUCCAUCUGCCCGGUGCCCAGCUGGUGUCCAGAGUGCCCCUCUGGCGAGCCUUCUUGCUUGUGAUGUAACUGGUCGCUUUCUCUUUUGAGUCCUUUUUGGCUGUCCUCAGUGGUUCUGCUGCUGCUCUUUAGCCUGCUGCUCUUGUGUGAUCGGUGCUGGAGCCCCAUUCACCUCCUCUGUGGCCGCUGACCUUUGGGUCAUCCACUGUUGGCGUUGUUUUGAGAAUGUGAGGUUUCUGUGGCUUUUAGCUUCCUCGGGAAGAACUUGUGGGCUCCGGCAGCAUCCAGGUGGUUCUUUGUACGAAGAUUUCACUUUCUUGGCAGAGCUUCACUGGGGACAAAGCGAUGUGUGUGCGAGGGGGCCUGGCCCCCCGCUGGCCUUCAGCCUCUGUCUGGGCACCAUCCCUCAAUGCUCAGCCGGCAAGCCAGUGGCCGCCGGCUUCCCCCUCACGGUUGGUCUGGCAGGGAGGGGUGAUGAGGCGAAGGAAGGCAGGGGCCGUGAUGUGAGCAGAGCUAGUGUGAACCGCAGACUGGGCUGAGAUGAGCAGGAAAACCUGGGGAAGUUAAUUUGGGGAAGCCAUGCUUGGUCAAGAAGCUGAAGUAUGGACAAUGUCCGGGAGCUGACUCAACCCGACUUUUGUCUCCAAAAAGCCGUGGUGGCUGUAUUAAGGGAGAGAACUCUGCCACUCUCUUGGGCCACUUGAAAGUGUGUAGAAAGCCCUUUGAAGUUAGAGAUCGAUAGGUUGUGGCAACUGAGCCUUUGCUUAUGGGAGCACCACUUUUCCUGUAACUCUCCUUCCCCCAAGCUGUCCUUGCACUCCUGUGAUCUUCAGUCACCCCGGCCUUGGUGUCCGGGCAGCUCGGCCCAGCUCCGAGGCCAUUGAUCGUGCCCUCUGGUAGUCCAUCUCAAUGGGCCGUGGCCCAGAAUAGAGAAUUACCGUUCCCUCAGGCUGGGGCACCAUGUGCUGGUUCGGCAGCCAGUCUCAAAGCUACCCUUUGGACUACCAGAAGCCACGUGCCAAGGCUGGGGCAGGCUCCUUGGGCUUCCCCUGAAUGCCGUGCCCGAGGGUGUGGCUGUGUUGACUUGGUGGGGAGGCAGUGCUUGCCAGACAGGGACUCUGGAGCCCCGGCCUUCCACUCUGGAGGGUUACCCUUGCAAAUCCAGCCUCAGAAUGCAGGGAGUGGCCCAGGAGCCAUCCCAGCUGAUAUCCUCCUUUCUGUUUGCUAGUGAGCCACAGGCCUGGCCAGGCUGGCCCAAA